AUGGAAGUAGUUGAAGAAGUGGUGAUUGUAGGAGCUGGAAUAGCUGGACUUGCAACAUCUUUAGGGCUUCACAGGCUUGGAAUUCGAAGUUUAGUGUUGGAAUCGUCAGCCAAUUUGAGGGUCACAGGAUUUGCUUUCACAACAUGGACUAAUGCUUGGAGGGCGUUAGAUGCUGUUGGCAUAGGUCACUCUCUCCGACAACAACAUGGAUUUCUCGAUGGAUUAGUUGCUAGCCCUACAGUUGGGAGCAAACCCGGUGCAGAAAUAUCUUUUAAGGUCCAAGGGACUAAUGGAGACCAUGAGGUUCGUUGUGUGAGAAGAAAAUUGCUGCUGGAAGCCCUUGAAAAAGAACUCCCAAUCGGUACCAUAAGGUACUCCUCCAAGGUGGUUUCUAUUGAGGAAUCAGGCUACUUUAAGCUGCUGCAUCUUGCUGAUGAUACCAUCAUCAAAACCAAGGUAUUGCUUGGUUGUGAUGGAGUGAACUCAGUGGUGGCAAAGUGGCUAGGCUUCAAGAAGCCAGCUUUUACCUGCCGAUGGGCUAUCAGGGGUUAUGCAGAUUUUAAGGCUAGUCAUGGCUCUGGUUCCAAAUUCUUACAAUUCUCUGGUCGAGGGUUUAGAUCAGGUUUCCUCCCUUGUGAUGAUACAACCAUGUACUGGUUUUUCACUUACACUCCCACUAGCCAAGACACAGAGCUAGAGGAUAACCCCACCAAGAUGAAGCAAUUUGUGCUGAGCAAACUGGGAAAUAUACCUGAUCAUGUGAGGAAUUCUGUGGAGAUCACUCAGCUGGACAGCAUUAUAACAUCUCCUUUAAGGUUUAGGCAUCCAUGGGAGGUUCUCUGGGGAAAUAUAAGUAAAGGCAAUAUUUGUAUAGCUGGUGAUGCUCUCCAUCCCAUGACACCAGAUAUUGGCCAAGGUGGUUGUUCUGCUUUAGAAGAUGGUGUUGUUUUAGCUAGGUGCCUCGCCGAGGCCUUGAAGAAGAGACCAAACGUGGAAGCUCAAGAGGGAGAAAAAGAAGAAAACAAGAGGAUUGAAAUGGGGUUGAAAAAAUAUGCAGCAGAGAGGAGAUGGAGAAGUUUUGAGCUCAUAAGCAUUGCUUAUAUGGUUGGUGUUGUACAACAAAGUGAUGGAAAAAUAAUCAGCUUCUUAAGAGAUGCAAUUUUGGUGAAAUUUCUUGCUGGAUUGCUGUUAAAGAAAGCUGAUUUUGAUUGUGGAAAGCUUUCUUGA